AUGAGUAGACCUGUCAAAUAUGCUCCAGGCCUACAGCCACGGUCAGAAAGAAGUGCCUUUGCUCUAUCAUUCAAGGAUCUAGUAGAAUACGAUGAUGUCCUCACCGACUUGCUGUUGGACAUCCCUUUUCUCGGCAUUAAAACCAAGAAAAUGAACAUUAGAUACCAUCUCGACGACAAGAUGGUGGCUCCCUCGCCACGAGUGAGAGACUCACCAUAUAGUACGAAACAAAUGCCUGUAUCAUCCUAUGACCAAACGCCCUCCCGUCCCUCUAGUUCCAAUGCUGUCAUCGACUAUACCACCAGUGGAGAGAGAAGUCGUCCUACUUCUCGACCAUCCUCUCCCGUAAAUCGUAUAGCAUCUCCAACCGCAGCAGUAAGUGCACCAGCUGCUCGAUUGCCCUACUAUACCCAACUCUUGGCUGUGCGCAGUAGCUCAGUAGAUGUAGAACAGGUCUCGAUAGUACUUAUUGAUCUUAUAUCCACUGCUAUUCGAUGUGACAAGAGUUUUGAACGUACUUCAAAGGCAUUUCUUGAACUGGUUACAAACCCUGAUUCUGAGACUUUGCGAGAUCUCUUUUUGCCUUAUCGUACUGCAUUGCAAGACAGAACUCCAAGACAACUGGGUGACUUGAAAGCUCAUGCUAAACGUUAUUUGAAAAUGUUCCAUCCUGAGGCCGGUUAUGAAGUCGCGCCAACUAGUCGAUACAUGCCAGUCUCUGGAAGAAUGGAAGCAUGUCUUAUUGCUUGCAAACCCUUCAAAAAGGGCGAUAUCUUGGAAUAUUGCACGGGAGUCUUUACGCAUCUUACUCCAGAAGAUGAAGAAUACGCUAAGUUCCGAGAUUUCUCGCUCAUCUCCCUGUCAAGUCGCAAAAAGGAUUCACUCUUCCUUGGCCCUGCUCGAUUUGUCAACCACGACUGUGACUCCAAUAUGCAGUUCCGUUUCAUUGGCAAGGAUUCUCUUAGCUUUGAAAUCAUCAAGGAUGUAGCAGUUGGUGACGAAUUGACUACAUUCUACUCCCCGCAUUACUUUGGAGAUGGCAAUAGAGAGUGUUUAUGCCAGACAUGUGAAGAAGGAGGCCGUGGUUACUACUCAAUCCACUCUGUCCAACAGCGUGACCUAGGCUCAUCACCAGACAGCCAAGAGAAAGAACGAUCCCGUCCAGCACGUAGAGCUAAGACCAGUGCAGACUAUUAUGGAUCCUUACUAGACCCUUUUAGUAAUGCCAUGGGUCAAGAAAAUCCUGAAGAAGAAGAACAACGUGUGCAUACAAGCGACAUGGUUCAUGUGGAUUCAUGUGGUAUUUGUAACGCAAACUUGUCUGCUGCCGAGUUAAACCAAGCAGAUCCAAUUGCCAAAGCUCUUGGACGUAUUACGAUGGGUGUAAAAUGUGGAAGGUGCAGACGUCAUUAUCGACUCUAUGAGCUCGAGUGGCCAAACCGACCGAAGGGUCAUCGUCGUGAGACUGCUUCCAUCCGAGCCAGAAGUCCAGAAACUGUCCGCCGCUCUCCAGUCGUCUUCUUACCGAGUCCUCCGAAAGCUGUCAAGAAGGUUAAGAAACCAACUGAUAACGGCAAGCGUCCGUCGGCCGACGACGAUGAUGACGAUUCAUCAUCAUCGUCUUCAUCAUCUGCUUCAGAGGCAGGGGUUGAUGAAGAAGAUGACGGAGCACUCAUUGAAGCUACCAGGAAUGCUGACGAUCCAACGUGGGUUCCUGGAUUCAUCCCUACUACAUAUAAUCGUCCGCAUUUGGUAUGGGUCAAUCCUAGUGACCUCAAAUAUCCAUUUUGGUGGCCGGCUCUGAUUGUGCCUGAGUCUGAAGAGGACGCUUCAAUGCCCAAGAGACCCAAAGGUGUUGCUCCAGAAGAACGUCUCGUCCGAUAUACUGAAACAAGUGACUAUGGCUGGGUUUCUCCAGACGAUAUUAGGAUAUUCAAUCCAAAGACUGAGCCAUACCUCUCAUUUUCAAAGCAUCCCAAUUUUGCUCGAGACAAGGGUGUUAUGAACGCCAACAAGUAUCGAGAAACUGGUGACUACCCAUUCAAGUGGAAAUACUUUGGAGAUUGGAAGAAGCCAAAUAGUGAAAAACGUUCAGAAUCGUGGAAGAGGAAGCUCCGCGGAGCUUUGCGUCAUACUACUGUCGAGCCUGUAAAUGAUGUCGUUGCGGUUGACGAUGUAGUAGUGGAGAUUGACUAUGGUGAAGACCAACAGCCACAAUCACAACUGCCAUCACAACAAAGACCAUUUGCACGAACGCCUGUUGCUAACUUUUUACAGUACAGACCUGAAGACUUUGACUUGGAUGGAUUUGCUUGUAGAGCACAACCUCUUCCCUUAGCUGUUGAGCUUGAGGAUGGCGAAGUAGAACGAGAUUGGUUGUGUCGGGAUCUUGCCAUCCUUGCUUUUGAACGAGAGCGGGAACGUCAGUUAUCCGCAGAAGCAGCUGAAGAUUAUGAUAUGGGUGAAAUGAACGACAAUGGUGCCGAAGAAGCAUCUCCUGAUAACUUCGAAGUAGAUGCAACGCCCAUGGGGGUUGAUGCUCCAGCUCCCCCACGUGAAAACUUCAACGUCAAUAAUCUCUAUGCAGCAAUUGAUUCUGAUCGAGUCUCACCCUCGAUGCCGUCUGUAAAUAGUACGUCUAAAGUCAUCGAAGUCAUUGAAAUCUUGGAUUCCGAUGACGAGGAGCCACAGCAACAACAACGAGCCGCUACAGAUAUGACUGAAGACGAAGACUUUGAUCAAAAUCAAGUAAAUCAAAAUGAUGUAGAAGACGAUGGCAUUUCCAUUCCCGAUGAGCCUAUUGUAUCCACUGCAGCUGAGUCUGCAAAUCCCCUAUCUGACAAAUCUUUUGAAGCAGAAGACGACGAUCUCGACAAUAUCAAUGUAUCUAGGUCCAGUCAACUCCAGGAUGUCGGAUCAGAUGAAGAUGACUUGGAAGUCGAACCUCGUAGAGCAGCAGCAGGGCAGGAAAAUGGCUAUGUUAUGGUACACAGACAGCGAGAAGACGGUGUAAUUGUUAUUGAUGAGGACGAUGAUGAAGAUGAUGAUGACGAAAACAGUAACGGCUCGCCAUCAUCUGUAAUCCGGAUUGCUAGACCGGCGAAACGAUCAGCAGAACCAUUUUAUAUUAAUGACGAGAAUGAACCAGGAGAUCUUCCUAGAUUCUCGAACUCUGGAUCACCCGUACUAGAUGUGCAACAACCGAUUGACAUUGAUGAGGGCUUUCCAUCCUUUGAUGGGGAUGAUGCGACAUCAUCUCGUAAGAAACGUCGUAUAGAAGAGGAGGACGAAGAGGACUUUAUGUCGCGAAUGUGA